GGCAAGUAAAAUAUUGUUGUAACGUAAGGCUCCUUGAAACUGAAGCCUUUUACGAGACGUUUUUUUUUACUCUGUGCCGUGUGUCGUUGUGUGUAUGACAUUUAUUCACUUCUGCGUUCCUCGUUGACGCUUUAUUUAUUUCCCUUUGUCGGGCUUUUCGGACUAAAAAAUUAUUUAAAAAGAUGCCGAAAAGGAAGAAUCAGGCUUUAAUUGAUUCCGACAGUAGUGGAAGUGCAUCAGACAGCGGAUCGGAUCUGGAUAAUGACUUACUGUCUUUGGCAAAGAAGAAAAAAGCUAAGUCAAACGAUGGCUCCCAAUCGAACGAAGAUAACAGCGUUGCAAGGAAAGAGACGAAACAAGAAGAUUCCGACACUUCUGACUCGGAUGAUGAUUGGAACGCAAAAGCUGGGAAGACGAAGAAGAAGAAAAUGCCGAACAAACGAAAUAAGAGGAAGGUGACACGAUCCAGCUCCGAAGAGAGCGGGAGUGACGACAAGGAAUCAGCCAAGACUUCGGAACCCGAAGAAGGUGAAGUCUCGGAUUCUGACACCAGUGUUUCGGAGUCGAGCCAGGAGGAGUUCAAUGAUGGAUACGACGAAAACUUGAUGGGUGACGCGGAGGACCAGGCGCGAUUGGCACAAAUGACGGAGAAAGAACGUGAACAAGAGAUUUACAAACGCAUUGAACAGCGUGAAAUCAAGAAAACAAGAUUCGAGAUAGAGAAAAAAUUACGUAUGGCUAAAAAGCAAGAAUUACGAAAGCAAAAAGAAUCGAAGAAACGUGAAAAAGUAACGAGUAACGUGCCUAGUCUGAGUGGAACGGGUGGAAAUAACGCUGGUAGUAUUUCAAACGCGAGCACGAUCAACAGCGUACCCGUGAGUAUGAGCAACGUGGAGGAAAAGAAGUUCGAGAGAGCCCCCGACCCGAAAGAACGGAGCAAAGAUCGGAAGAAAACGAUCGAGGAAAAGCAAGACAAAAAGUUCCAUGCAAUGUCGUUGCUCAAAGCGAGAAGAGAAGAAAAACGAGAACGCGAGGAAAAGGAGAAGCAGAGAAUUGAACAACAGCAGCAACAGUCGAAAGACAUGGAAGAGGAAGAACUGGACGACGAUCACAAGAGCGGGAAUAAGACAAAAUUGAAAGCAUCGGACAUAUAUUCGGACGACAGUGGUUCCUCGGACAGCGGUGACGAAGAAUCAGCUGCAAAAGCCACCUCGCAUCGCAGAUCGUCUUCGAGUUCGAGUCGCGACUCGGAUUCCGAGGCCGACGACAAUAAAUCGGUAACCAGCAGCACCACAAAACCGAGCAAACCGAAGAAACUCGUGUUCGUGAAUAACAAAGAUGAAUUGAACAAAGUGCGUUUGUCCAGACACAAGAUGGAACGUUUCGUACACCUUCCAUUCUUCGAUCGCGUUGUUCAGGGUUGCUUCGUGCGAAUUGGUAUCGGUAAUAACAACGGGAAACCGGUUUAUCGAGUCGCCGAGAUAAGCGGUGUUUGCGAGACCGGUAAGAUUUAUCAGCUCGGUGGUACGAGAACGAACAAAGGCCUGAAGCUGCGUCAUGGCGCUCAAGAGCGAGUAUUCCGUCUCGAGUUUGUUUCGAAUCAGGAAUUCACGGAAUCGGAAUUCUUCAAGUGGAAGGAAACAUGCGCGCUCCAAGGCAUAUCGAUGCCUACGUUCGACGAACUUGAACAAAAGCUCAAAGACAUUAAGGAAGCGAUGGUUUAUGAAUUCAAAGAGGAAGAUAUUGAAAAAAUAGUCCAAGAGAAGGGCAGAUUCAAACAAAAUCCUUACAACUACGCGAUGAAGAAAGCACAGUUGAUGAGAGAACGCGACGCCGCCAAUUGUCGAGGUGACAACGACACCGCGAGGAGGUUGAAUCUCGAGCUCAGCGAGCUCGAGGAGAGAGCAUCGGAAUUAGAUAAAAUGCGCACUGCCACGAUAUCCAGUAUCUCGUACAUCAAUGACCGUAAUCGAAAGAAAAAUGUCGAAGAAGCGGAAAAAGCAAUCAUGGAAGAGGUCAAGGCGAACAAGGGUAAGGUCGCCGACGAUCCGUUCACGAGACGCAGCACGAAACCGCGCAUGGGCUUCAAACAGGACGACUCCCACGUUACUCCCCCCGUUUCUGCCGAACCCAACAAACCGCCCGGCCCGAAUCCGGUCAUCGGAGACGCUCUUGGCACAAUUAGCAACGACAAGGAAAACGGCCCGGAGCCCAAGAAGAAACAGAGCACGGAAGAUCUUUUUGAUGCUCACGAUUUCGAUAUCACGAUAGACUUAGAAGUACCGUUACCAAGUAAUCCCGUGAGCGUUUUACCAAAACCCAUUAGCAAUAUCAAGGACACCGGACCCCGGAGAUCCUUGAACUUGGAGGAUUACAAGAAAAAACGAGGUCUCAUCUAACGUUUUUUCGUUAGACCCUUUCCUCCGACCUGGUCCCACAGCAGAUGUGAAGAACGUUGAACGAUACUUCGGGUUGACCUCGGACGUCGUGUAUCGAAACACCGAUGACUGAUCAAUCAUGUACGACGCGAUGAAACGGAAUUAAUCGCGCAGUGUGCUCAAAGCUUGGAAAAUCUCUUGAUUUUCUCCCGAAGCUCCAUCGUUAUUCCAUCUUUUGCGAUUAAGCUCUUUCUUUUGAUCAUGAUUAUUGGAGUUUUGCAUUCUCCGGACGUCCAUUCUCGCUUCUCACGUUCAGUUUUUGGAGAAUCAACGGGCGCUGACCAACCCGAAGCUCUCCGUAUACAUAUUAUUUUGUAAACCUUCGUAAUGUUAUGCAUCAUAUCGCCAAUCCUCGACUAAUUUUACACUGUGUAGCUGUGUAUGUGUAAGUCUCAUAUGAUGAUGAAUUAAAAGUAUUAGGCGAAAGUUUCGUUCUACAUUUGCAUAAAGAUACGUUUUUGUCACGGAGAUGGUGUGUCGCAACAGCACCGUUCGUAAACCAUGCAGCCACCGGCCUCAUCUCAGUCGAGUUAACAUUUUACUUUUUGUAACGACGCUUCGUCGAUUUUCAACAACGAGGCGUACGUCUUAGGCCACUUUAUUCUCGACAGUUAAUCGCAAAUGUCCGCUCAGCUGAUUCGUUGCUUCUAUUUUCAGUGAACGAAGUCAUUGGCAUUGAGAGUGUAUCAUUUUAACGAUGCUUAAUGUUUCUAGAAUUUCAAAAGUAGAGUCAUUGACUGAUGAUAAUGAUUGGGACAGAAGAAAAUUUUCUCUAAUCGGCAACAGCACGAUGUUUCGCUUUCAUAACGAAUUUAUGAUGCUUAGAAGUAUUUUAUUUAUUUUAUAUUUUUCAUUUGACAUUUUUACCAGACAUCGAGAUAUUGUAAUAAUCGAGUGAAAUACAAAUGCAUCUUUUCUCAUUUGCAAAUCUGUUACCUCUCGUGCAUCGCGAGUGAUAAAAAAGUAUCGAUUUACGGUGGAAAAAAAUUGUGAAAAACUAGCUAUUGAAUACUUUGUAAACACGAUCAAACUAAUGGUGCGCCGAUAUAAUAUCUAUUUAGCUAAUGUGUUAUAAUUUCAAUCGUGCGUUUGACAUUCAUAGAAAGCCAAGAAUUCUUGAACGAUCCGUAACCUCAGGAAAAUGCGUUUCCCGACCAAUGAAUUAGCACUCAAACGUUUUUGCUUAAACUCCGAUUUUCGACGAACCAAUGCAACACUGAGUAUGAGACAAUUUUCAUAAAUUUCAAUAAACUUAUGAACAAGCGAAGUGGCAACGUUUUAUGUACGUCUGAAUAGUCAUUUUCUUCCUUAAAAUCAUCGUCGAAGCGAUUUAGCUACAAAUCUCAACAUUUUAGUGAGCAACGACGAACGUGCUCAAUUUUUACUCACACUAUAUUUCCAGUUACUUUUCAUUCGAAUCAGCAAACUGAUGUGGAGUUGGGGAUUCUCCGUCUUGAAAAACGAGCCCACCGUCAUAUUCGAAUUAUUGUGCGCUCUUUCUUAAUUUUCGAUUUUUUCUAUUGAAUUUAUACUCGUCGCUGCAGAGCGUCCCACAAGUCUCCAACCGUGAUAACGAAGUUUCGUUCAGGGAGAAAAGCUCCAGGGCAAAAAAUACAGUGCCGAUACUUUUAUUGCUGUUCAUAAGUGAUAUUAUUCUUGAAAAAAAAACACAAUUUGGUUCGUCGAUUUCGAAAUAUUCUUAUUAUGCGUUGUAACGUAUUCGAGGGGUUAGAACGCGAAGAACGAAUGAAUUAUUAAUGUGUGAAUGGCUGAUGGGAAAGGGGAAAUUGGGAAAAAACAAGUGUACAAUGUCGAAGAAUCUUUGAUCUUAAACAACUUUAUUCGUUCCUCUUUUUAUAGACUAUUUAUAAGUAGAUAUUAUCGAAACAUGACAUUGAAUACUCACGAUUCCAUCGCACGCACAGCGAAGAUUUUUUUUCCGAUUCGUUUGCUAAAUCUUGGAAAGCAAAUGUGAAAAAUCCAAACGACGCUUUUUCUGUCAACUGGAAUUACCCAAGUUCAUUGUUUGCGAAAUUAUAUUUAACGAUGAUUAGGAAAGUUAGAAAAUAAAAUGAGGAAAAAUAUUUAUUUUCAACGUAAAUAGUGACAAACUUGAUAAACUUUUCGAUCGGUUCGAAAAAAGAAGCCAUUUAACGAACCUUUGGACAAAGCUUCAUUUAUAAGAGUAUCUAGAGUAUCUUUUUAGGGGUAGUCGUUUAAGGAUAGUCGCAUUAGAAUAACUGAUGUACGGAGAUCGAAUAGAUAUUCGUGAUGUAAAUAUAAACAAUAAUAAUAAUAUUAAUGAUUUUGACACUCACCUGAUCAAGCGAUGACAAAUGUUUGAAUUAUGAAGAAACAUUCGAUACACUGUGGAUUCGUAUCCAAAAUGAAACUCGCCCUCGUUGCUUUUUUUAUUUCCGUUUGUAUAUACAUCAAUCAUACAAUAUACAUUGUAAUUAUAAAUAUAUGUAGAUACGUAUAAUAGCGAUAGCAUGCGAUCGAAAAAUGUGAAACGGUGGGAGGAAUGUAAUAGGAUCUCAUUAAAGUCACUACGACUGGAAA